AUGAGAAUUGAGAAGUGCUGGUUCUGCUCAUCAAACAUCUACCAAGGACAUGGGACUAUCUAUGUCAGGAACGAUGCAAAGGUCUUCCGAUUUUGCAGGCCGAAGUGCAGGAAGCUCUUUGCAAGGCGUGUGAAUCCAAGGAAGGUGAAGUGGACAAAGAUAUCGAGAAAGAUGGCCAACAAGGAGCUCUGCAACGAUGCCAUUCUGACGUUUGAGCACCGGCUCAACGAACCUCGCAUGUAUGACCGUGCCGAGGCCGAAAGGACGCUCUCCAGCAUCCCAAGGAUACUCGAGAUAAGGAAGAGAAGAGAAGACUUCUUCAUCAAGGACAGAAUUCUCACCGGACAGGAAAUGAACAAGGAGAGCGAUCUGAAGUAUAUUGAAAGGCAUGCUAACCUACUCGAAGAAGAGGUGGCUGGCGAAAAGCAGGUAGCUAAGGCCAAGAAGAGAGAGGCCCAAACCAACUGA